GACACGAGCACUACAUUAGGAAGUCGCAUGCGCACAUCUGAACACUUGUGGUCGUGGAGGAAGCAGAUGGACUGGUUUCUGUUUGUGAGAGAUCUAGUCAAACAUUGACACUCCCUCAACACAGACAUGUGCUUUGAGCCUAGAUAACAUUAAAAAAAAAUGUUUUGACCCGUCCCACUGGGGGAGGGUGAGAUGAAAUGCAUGCACACACACACACUAACUCACACGCUGAAUGACUGGCUGCUGGUGUGUUCAGGUAGGGAUCAGUCUCUGCUAAUGUUCAGCUGGCUUCUUUCCUAGAGCCUCAGCUCUGGUCCUCGGGUCUUCCAGCUUUACAUGACUCCAAGCUCCUCAGAUGUUUGAAGCCACAUCCUUUCAUCUGGUGUUUCUGUGUGAAGAUGGAGGGUGUUCUGGAAGUUACGCUCUGUCUGUGUGUGUGCAAACUGAUGAGCAGCAUGCUGCUGUGUUCGUCUGUGGUCACACACACCAUCACUGCGGUUAGUCUGUGCUGCAGCUGCCUGCUGUUAUUUACAGACCUUGCUGUCACCAUGUUUUUACUUUACGUCUGGCUCAUGGAGUCCUCUCUGACACCUUUUCACGUGUCUUCGGAUGUCAUCGCUCUUCGAUUCCUGCUCUUCCUUUGCCAGGCCUACGGUGUUGUGUUGCUGCUGAUGCCACCUUUGAUUGUUGUGGAGUUGUUUGUUGAGCUGCUUUAUCAAGAUGGGCGACUUAAGGGACAAGAUGCGAGACAGCGAGAUGCUAAUGAAUCCCUCUCUAUGACAGUUGGCUAUUUGGGAUGUCUUCUAGCAUGGAGCGUGAGCGGGAUCUACAGCAGCCAUGACUGGACGCUGGAGCAGAUGUCAAUGGAAACCUGUCGGGAAAAAGGUGGCCAUCUUCUUACCUGCCUUCCCAGCACUGAUGAGUUUUCUUGGGUUCUUCCUGCUAUGGUUGUCCUGUUGAGCCUGACGGGGAACUUGGGCCUGUUCAGGAUGAAGGCAUCCAGAAGACAGCCCGACUCAUCUGAAAACACACAGACGGGCGAGAAAAAGGACUGUUUGGGCCCUGGGCUAAUGCAUAUGUCUCAAACUCUGGUUGACUUAGAAAAAACACCCAACAGCUGCUGUGUUCACAUGGCUGGGUUUGUUUAUGGUGAUCCACAAUGGAUCUGUCCUGGGAACGGUGUCCAGUGCAUUCAACAAACCAGUCUGGCAGACAGUUCAAAGAAACAAAAGCAAUCAUCCAGCCAUGCAACAUUUGCUCAGUCCAAAACCGAUCUUCUUCUGGAUGUCACAUCAUUGGCGCUCAAAAUGGAGAAAUGUGCAUUUAACAAAAAAGACCCAAAGUCUCAAAGAAGACACAGCUGGUUUAAAAAAAGGGAAAGUCCCUGCUCAGGCCGAGAAAUCUUCACAGGGUUGGUAUGCAUGGUUAUGGUUUGUGUUUUUCCUACAGUCGUCAGCGGAAAUAUUCUUCUAAUCUUUAACCUGGAGAAUUUGGUGGUGUACAGCUUGAAACUCUUAUCUCUGUCAGUCAACAGAGCACCAGCUCUGUAAUUGCAUAGAGGUGUGUGUGUGUGUGUGUGUAUGUAUGUAUUUAUUUAACCCUAUGGUGACAUUGGAAAUGUG